UCUCUCACAACCAAAUAAAUAGAUCUCUGUCGGAAUUUUUUUAUUAUCUACAUUUAGAUCUCUCUCACAACCAAAUAAAUUCGUUAGAUCUCUCUCGUAACCAAAUAAAUGGAUCUCUAUCGAAAUUUCUUUUUCCUAAGUUUUCGUUAGAUCUCUCUCACAACUUAAUUUCAGGACCAAUUUCGCAAGAUAUUGGCCUAGUGAUGCCUCAGUUGGAAACCUUGAAUCUGAAUAAUAAUCUCUUAAGUGGUCUAAUACCCACUUCAAUAUGCGAGAUGGAAUUUCUGUAUGGCUUGCACCUUGGAAGGAAUGAAUUAGUUGGCGAAAUUCCCGCAUGUUGGAAGGAGAGCCCGUUGGUGAACCUUGAUUUAUCAUCCAAUAAGUUGUACGGAGUCAUACCAAACUCUUUGGGAAAUCUAAUUGGGCUUGCAUCAUUACACUUGAACAACAACAGUCUCCAUGGAGAAAUUCCUGUGACUUUGAGCUAUUGUAAAGACUUGCAGAUUUUGGAUCUUGGAGAAAACAAAAUCUCAGGAAGUGUUCCACAUUGGAUUGGACCAAGUUUUCGGUUACUACAGAUUCUUAGACUACGGGAAAACAUGUUCAAUGGAAGCAUUCCUUCACAACUAUGCUUACUCUCUGCACUACAAAUAUUGGACAUGGCAGUCAACAAUCUGACAGGACCGGUUCCAAAUUGUCUUGGCUAUAUGAAAGGUAUGAAACUAAACAAAAGCAUAGACGAAGGCAACUCACUCUCUCCUGCUUAUGCGGCUGCACCUCCCAUGCUUGGGCCAACAUCAUCCAACACUAUAGCAGCCACCCCUCCAACAGAUUGGACUCAAGAGCAUGUGGAGCAGGUUGUGAAGGGGAUGGAUCUUGACUACACGACACUUGAUCUACAGCUUAUGGUGAAUUUAGAUCUCUCGAGCAACAAAUUGGUUGGGCAGAUUCCAGGAGAGCUUACCUUGCUCUCCGGAUUGCGAGGCUUGAACUUAUCGCGCAACUUUCUUUCUGGAGGCAUCCCGACUAUGAUUGGAGACAUGAGAUCGCUCGAGUCACUUGAUCUUUCAAAUAAUCACCUUUCGGGAACAAUCCCACAAAGCUUUUCUGCGUUCAUAUCACUGAGCAAACUAAACUUGUCACACAACAACUUCACGGGGCCAAUUCCGAAAGGAAAUCAAAUCCAGACACUGAUGAUCCUUCCAUUUAUGCCGACAAUCCUCUACUUUGUGGUGAUCCUCUACAAAAGAAAUGCCCCGAAGCAAAGGCCCCUCAAGCGCCGGAAGAAGUUGCCAAUAAAGAAGGUAAGCUUGAAAAGUUUGGUGUACAAGAAGAACUGGAGACGGGUGUAUUUCAACUUUGUGGAUCAUAAAGCAGACAUGGUGUACGUGAUUGUUGCAGUGAAGGUGGCCGAGUUGAGGAGAUUGGGAAGAGUGUAA